AUGUCGUCUGCUGGUGGACAGAGGCCCCCUGCCAACCGAAUGACGCUGCAGACCUUCAAGGCACGCUUAGGCGGAGCCUCGAAAGGCUUCAAGCUGCUGAAGAAGAAGCGCGAUGCCCUCAAGGCUAAGUUUCAGGCGCUGCUCAAAGAGAUCGUAGAGACGAAGCUGGCGGUCGGCCAAAGCCUCAAGGAUGGCGCUUUCGCUCUCGCCAAGGCGCACUACGCCAGCUCUGGAGAUGACAUCGCCUCCACCGUCAUCGAGAGGGCAAAGAAGCCGACCUUGACGACAAAGCUGUACCCAGACAACGUCGCCGGCGUCUCGAUCCCCGUGUUCAAGAUGAACUACGAUUCCUCGCAGGACAGCUCAGCCCAGACCAUGGGCGUUGGAUCUGGCGGCGCAGUCCUGAAUGCGACGCGCGAAACCUAUGUGAAAGCCAUGGAGUGCAUCGUGAAGCUCGCGUCAUUGCAGACGGCCUUCCAAACCCUGGAUGAGGAAAUCAAGAUGACCAGCCGACGAGUAAAUGCCUUGGAGUACGUUCUGAUUCCCAGGAUCGAGGAGCUGAUUCAUUACAUUACACAAGAGAUGGACGAAGAGGCUCGUGAAGAGUUCUUCAGAGUGAAGAAGGUCGUCGAGAAGAAGAAGGUCAAGAUGGUGCGGCGCCUACAGAUGAGUGGGGGUUAA